AUGGAAUUGGGCUCAAAAUUAGGAAUCAAUGAUUUUGGUUAUUCUCGCGGUUGGCUUUACCGCUUCAAAUCUCGUCAUCAAAUUAAGAAACAAAAUUAUCAGGGGGAAGCUGCCAGUGCAGAUAAGAAUGCAGUAGUUAAAGGUAGAGAAGAAUUGAAAUCAGUCUUGAAAAAUUACGACGAAGACGACAUCUUCAAUCUUGACGAGACCGGCUUGUUUUAUAAGCUCGGACCCAAUCACACACUUGCUUCUAAGAAAACACCUGGUGUGAAGAAGUCGAAAGAAAGAGUGACAGUUGCAUUAUGCUGCAAUGCAACAGGUACCAUCAAAGUGAAACCCUUCAUGAUAGGGAAAUUUCGACGACCACACUGUUUUGGGAAAGACUUCAAUCCAGAAAUCUAUGCUCGGUACCGUUUCAACAAGAAGGCGUGGAUGACCUCUGACAUGUUCUGUGAUUGGCUGAGAACUUUUGAUAGACAGUAUGUUUCCUGUCAGACGAUCAAGAACUGUUUCAAGCAUGUCGAAAUUCUGCCAAGUCAAGAAUCCCAGAUUGGUGAAACUGAUGAUUUCGAAGAUGAUAUCGUGCUUGCCGACUUGAAAAAGCUACUUCAACGCCUCCCGUCUGAUGAUGAAAACAUGUCGCCUGAUGAUUUCAUCGAUGCCGAUGCCAACGAAGAAACUUGUGAUUCGCUGACUUCAGAGAACAUCAUAGAGAUAGGUGACAGCUGCAGAUGA